ACAAAAUCACAUAGAAACUAAACAUUUCAAACAAAUGUCAUUUAAUUGAUUUGUGUGUGUGUUUGUGUUAUUUUUGUAAAAUGAACCAAGAUGAUAAACCUACUGGAAAAAGUCAGACCAGUGUUUUGCCCCCAAUACAAGAGGCAACCAAAAGCCCCAAGAAAAAAAUUUCAGGGGACUUGACUGCAGCUUCCUUACUUCAUUCAAUAACACAAGAGAAAAAACUUCCCCAAAACAUAUCUCACUUAAAUACCGCACUACCAGAGAAAAAAGAACCCGAGCUUCCGUCUCAAGAUAUCGUCUUAAAACCUGAACUAAGUUCUUUUGACAGAAUUUCUGAACGUCACCAACAUUCCGCCCGUUCGUCUAUUGUGAGCAUAGAAAGUAAAAAGUCACAACGUUUGAAAAAUGACACCGAUUUGUCGUCUGAAGAUAUACGAACUUCAGAGUCAUAUUUUUCCGAAACUGCAAGAACCUCCCAAAUGUUUGGUAGACGGUACCAAAAGUCUGACCAACUUGUAACUAAUAACAAACAUCCACUUGAUGACCUUGACCCUGCUGGUAUUGUAAGAGCAAUGAAAGACCUUCAACGAAAAGUGCAACACUUGAAGGUUGAAAACGAGAUUUUCUACAAUUUUUUGCAAGAAAAUGACUCCGAAGCCAUCAAAGAAAUGGCAGAACUGCAGGAAAAACGGCGUAUUAAUGCCGAUAGAGUACAAGCAGCUGUUAAGAAAAGAGCAUCGAGAGGUAGCGUCGUCUCCACUACAAACUUAGGUUUCGGAGCUUCAGGCCCAAGAGGAUCUAUUGCCUCCUUGGGCGCAAAACCACGAACUUCCGUAGCUUCGAUCACAGGACGGCCACGAGCAUCACUGGCUUCGUUCUCACACUUUGAGUCCGAUCUUUACUCUGAUAAAGAAGCACCGAAAAUAAUCCUCGCCCAAAAACUGGACAUGAUCAUGAAAUGUAUGGAAGAGUUUGAAAAACACCUCGAAACGGCUAGAAAUCAGUCGAAAAAAGCAAAACGUACGCUGCUCUCAAACCUCGAAGAGAUGGAAAUCAGGAACGAGGAAAUCCAAGAAUCGCGGGAACAUUUCGCAGAAUUGAGAAACAACGGCGUCACGCUUGAAAAAUUCGUCCGGUUUUUCGAGGAAUGGUUGAAGAAAUCACGCCUAACUGGGGACAAAAUCAGACUGAGACACAGUUCCCUUAAGGUGCAAUACCACAAAGCUGCGACUCUUCUCGCUAAUAAGAAACUAAUAGGGGAACACGUGCAGGAGGUUGAUUUUGAUCAACUCCGAGUCGAGAAUCGGCAUUUGACUGAGCAUAUUGAGAGCAAAAACUGUCUUCUUAUCGAAAUGAAGAAAAUGACAGCCAGUGGUAAUUUAAAGUUGACUCAGUUGAAAAAAUUCCUACAGGAGAAAAUGGCCAAGAAGGAAGCGCUGCUUCAAAGUAUUAAAACGUUUGAAGAUGAUAUUAUGCGGUCGGAUGAGCAGUUAGAGAAGCUUUAUAAAGAGCUGGAUCAAGUCAGGAAAAAGUACGACCAGUGCAAAGAACGAUCUGAAAAUUAUUUGGCGCCCGAUGUUUUGGAGUAUAUUCGAAAGAAGGCAGAUGUUGAUAAUGCAAAAAAAGAGUUGAAAGUUUGGGAAAGGCGAAAGAUGCUGAAGGAACUAGCUCUGAGUAUUGCAAUAACUGAAAUGAAGAGGAUUUUCAGGUGUACACAUACACACCCGUCUUGGUUCAAAUAGGCUCUAAUUGUGCGUUGUGUUAGUUUUUUUAAUUUGUGUUUUAAAUAAAUGAUACCGUGAAAA